AUGACAAAGGUUCUGAUGAAAUUAUUCCCCUGGGAUGAAAGUCAGAGGGAUCACUACGAUUAUUACGAAUUAAAACCCUACCCAAGGUACCAUUGGCUAGAGAAAAAUCUACAAAAGAACGGUGGUAUUUUUUACACCCCACAUUGGCGUAAUUUACAAAACACAACCCUCAUAACGGCCACCUCUCAAAUUACCCCCGGAAAUUUGGCGUAUUUGCAUAAAAAUGGCAGGGUGAAAAUAAAUGGUGUCACGGCAAGACUGAUCUUAUUAUUUGCCGAAAAAUACAAUGCCACACUGAGGAUGUUUAAACCCCUCAAAGUGGGAGAGAUUAUCCACUAUAGCCUCAUUAAUAAAUGGACAUAUGAAAAUAAAUUGGAUAUAUCCAUGGUCUUGGCCUCUGGGGAUGGUAACCGGACAAUGCGUUACCUUUCCGAUGUUUUUGAUCUCAGUCAUGUUAUGUUGAUGUUACCCUGUUCCGGAGAACUUAGCCUAAGGGAGGUGUUUGGUAUACUGCUCAAUGUACCCUUCUUUGGUUAUAUUUUCAUAUGUACCCUGCUGCUCUCCCUGAUACACUACUUCGUAGAUGUGAUUUUUGAUGGUGUUCGCAAUUAUUUAAACCUAAUUCUGAAUCUGAAAAUAUUUCCCAGCCUCUUGGGCCAGUCAAACGAUAUGAGACCCUCGAAAUGGAAUGGUUUAAAUAUCAUCUACUUUCUGGCAUUUGUGGCAGGACUUAACAUUAGUAUUCUCUUCUCCGCCAAAGUGAAUACCCUCUUUACCUCACAACCCCAAAAACCGCAGAUAUCCACCUUUGAGGAACUGAAAAAACAAUCGUCUCUAAAAAUCCUUCUCGAUGCAAUCGAUGUAAAGGACUACAAGGAAUGGCUACCCACAAUAGGAAGGGCCUAUAUCUCCUCCGCCAACACCUCAUAUGUGGUUGGAAAACGCAACCGGCUGGAUACCUCCUAUGGCUAUUUGGUAACCUUGAAUCGUUGGAAAUUUGUCGCCCAACAGCAAAAUUAUUUUUCCCAUAAAUUAUUUUGUACCAAUGAAAAACUGCAACUACCCAAGCCACCAUUUUCCAUUGCCCUGCAGGAGAAUUCACCAUAUCGGGAGGCCCUAAAUUAUCUCAUACAUCGGGUGCAUGAAUGUGGUCUAUCUAUACCCUGGUAUUCCAGUACCUUUGUGGAUAUGGUUAGACUUAAAAUGAUAUCCUUAGAAGAUCCAAAUCCUGAGCAGGAAGUCAGGGUAUUAAGACCAGAGGAUUUAUUUUGGUUAUGGAUUAUUCUACUCAUUGGAUAUGGUCUGAGUACGGCCGCAUUUAUUUUGGAAAUUUAUCGUAAAUAUCGAAGAAGUAAUAUAAUAAUAAAUAAUUAA